UUGGCUUCUUUCAUUUUUCCUUCCUUCUCUUCUUCUCUUCUCAUUUGUGCAAAGAAAAAACAAGACAAAAAAAUCCAGGAAUCUAGUUGUACUGAAUGAGGCCACAAAUAGUAUUAUUUGGUGACUCCAUUACUGAACAAUCCUACAGAUUAGGUGGUUGGGGUGCUGCUCUUGCUGAUACUUAUACUCGCAAGGCUGAUAUAUUGAAUCGUGGCUACGGUGGAUACAACACCAGAUGGGCAUUGUUCUUGCUGCAUCAUCUAUUUCCAUUGGAUGCUCCAACACCUCCUGUUGCUGUCACUAUAUUUUUUGGAGCCAAUGAUGCUGCUCUUUUGGGAAGAACCAGUGAAAGACAACAUGUCCCACUUGAGGAAUAUAAGGAAAACCUACGAAAAAUGAUACAACAUUUCAAGAAAUGCUCCCCGUCAGUGCUAGUAUUGCUGAUAACUCCACCACCAAUUGAUGAAGCAGGACGGUUUGAAUAUGCAAGGUCCCUAUAUGGAGACAAAGCAAUGCAAUUGCCAGAAAGGACAAAUGAAGUUGCCGGAGAGUAUGCAAAACAGUGUGUUGAAUUGGCAGAGGAGCUAGGUCUCCCUUCUGUCAAUCUGUGGUCUAAAAUGCAGGAAACCGAGGGUUGGCAAAGAAAAUUCCUCAGUGAUGGCUUACAUCUCACACCAGACGGUAAUGCCAUUGUUUACCAAGAAGUCAUUAAAGUGUUCAAUGAAACAAGUCUCUCUGCUGCAAAGAUGCCUGCUGAUGUCCCUCACCAUUCAAUAAUUGAUGGACAAAAGCCCGAGAAGGCCUUCCAGCUACAAUGCCCUGCUAUCUAAUCCUAUAUUUCAAUGAGAAAGAAGCAAAAGGGUAUUGUCUUCCCUGACUCCAUCAAGCUCAAGAGUGGUAAUUGCUUUCAAGUUUCCUAGGUUUCAAAGGAUUCAGACAAAUGACAGUUGAAUUCACACCUAUACUAGUUUUAUCAACAAAAGAAUGCCUUUCAGAUUUGAUUUAAAUACAGAAACUUCUCUUUGCUUUGAUGAA